AUGUUCUCCCUAUCAGUUCCUACAUGCUAUCGUUCGCCCUCAAUCACACUUCUGAUAAGGCUUUCUCAACUGAUUCGGCGGGCGUAUGCGACGACUCUCACGAAGCGUUCUGAUCCAAGUCGGCUGCCGAUCCUUUCUCAUCUCUACACUUAUCAGUCAUAUCUUCGUUAUGCGAUAUCAUUCGUUCGCAUGUGGUGUGCCUUGCGCGUUAUCUACAUUGAUAUCGUACUCUCCCUCCAGUUCUUUCGUCUACGUUUGAAGCUUAAAGGGCCACUCGCGUCCUCCAUAAUAACCCCUUUUGCAUCAACAGACGUUAAUCAGCCUCCGCGAUUACUCGCUGGUGAAGUGAUCUACAUCUUGUGCCUGUGCCGGAUGCAGCAGCGGCCUACGCGCAUACGCUUUCCUCAAGUGCUAAAACUCACAAUCGAGGGUCCAUCCCUCCAUGUGUAUCGCGAUCUUGGACUUUUCAGAACACCAUCAGAAGGUGUCAGUCGGGGACCUUGUAUCAGUAUUUUGAACCUUGAUAUCAAGAUCGGUCCAUCAGAGCCGUAG